AUGCAAAAAUAUUUAGGUGCUAUCUACUACGAAUUCAGAUACUUGAUGGGCCGUGCUUUCAAAGAGACUGGGUUGUAUUUUGAUCAAUACGGGUCUCGUUUAUCCAAUGACAUUGCUUGGUUAGAGCCAUUAUCAAGACACAGGAAGAUUAUGCCCCUAUUUGCUUUCUACAAACCUAGAAUAAGUGAAUCAGCCAGCAUUCAAGAUAAUGCAAGUUUAAUUGGGCAAGUAAACCUUGGGGAGAAUGUACAAAUUGGAUAUGGAGCAAUCCUGAGAGCAGAUGAUCAAGCCAUCAGAAUAGGUUCCAACAGUGUGGUCGGGGACAACACCUCAAUCCAAUGCUCUAGAACUCGACUUCCCACAAAUGUAUUGGCAAGUUUGAAACUCUUAGGCCAACAUGUUACUAUUGGAGAUAGCUGCAUUAUCAACAAUUCAAUCAUUGAUGACAACGUUACUAUUGGAUCCAGAACACUCAUACUUGAUGGUGUUCAAAUCGAAAGAGGCUCUUAAAUUGCUGAUGAUAGUGUUGUGCCUCCAGGAAGAUUGAUUCCUUCAGGAUAGUUAUGGGCAGGCAAUCCAGUAUAAUUUGUUAGAAACUUGAACGAAAAGUAGAUCAAUUGA